UAGAUAUAGGUUUUUACAGGCCAAUCACAAGUCAUUGUCCCAGGAAGGGGAAUAGCUGUGCAGAUAGAGGGCAGGGAUACAGUGUCACUACCAGGCAGUAGAUGGGAGGAGUCACAGAGAGAAGAGCAGGAAGAAAGCAAACAGCAGGGCCUGAUCACAAUGAUGUCUACAAUGUGCCCCCUUCUCCUGGCACUGACCACCCUGAUGCCAGUCUCCAUCUGUAACACUACUGCUGUGUGGGAACUCCCAGCACCAACUAAUGUCUACAUUGAUUCCUACAAUCUGAAGCAUAUACUGAGGUGGGAUCCUGUGCAAGUGCCAAACACCUCGCUCCCUGUAAUGUACCGUGUAGAAUGUGAACUGGUGAGUGGCACACGUCUGAUGUGUGAGAACAUUACGGAGACACAGUGCGAUUUCACACCCAAAGUAGAACAUUUUUGGAGAGGUGUAUAUAAAGUUCGAGCUGAGCUGGGAGAGCACCAGUCUGACUGGGCCGAAGCUACAAAUGGACUGUUUCAAGCAAGUAAACACACAAAAAUUGGUCCCGUACAGUCCUUGACCCUGGUGGCCCACGGAAACACAGUGACGGUAGAUUUUGCAGCCCCAUUUUUAGCUAUUCCAAAACCCUUCAAAAUUGAAUACUGGCUGUAUUACGGAAAGGAAGGCACUGACGAUAAGAUGGAGGAGGUUCCUUUAAAAGUAAAGACGCACUACGUCCUGGAGAACCUGGAAGAACAGACUGUGUAUUGUGUGCAAGUGAGAGCAGCUACGGAGUUUAUAGAAGGCCAAAUGACCCAUCCCGAAUGUGUGAGGACAAAGAAUAGAGAUUACUCCGGGAAGGAGCUGGCUGUGGUAAUCGGAUGUGUUAUUAUCGUCUGCCUGGUCUGCUCCCUCGUUGGAUACGUAAUAUAUAGAAACAAUGCUGUUCUAAAGCGUCUUCUGUAUCCCCCCUUCAGGAUGCCGUAUCACAUACAGCAGUUCUUAGAUAAUGUUCCGGACCCACCGUAUGAGGCUGCGAUCAAUCUCGACCAGGAUGAAGAACAUUGUGACGGUAUUUCGAUUAUAGAGUCAGUUGUCGUAGUGGUGGUUAACCAGGCGUGUGAUGACCCAAACCUGGUGUCUGCUGAGAAAACCUGAAGAAGAUCUCACUGAACAAUGGCAGGACUCACGCGGAACAUUGGCAGGACUCACGCUGAACAUUGGCAGGACUCACGCUGAACAAUGGCAGGACUCACGCUGAACAUUGGCGGGACUCACGCUGAACAUUGGCGGGACUCACGCUGAACAUUGGCGGGACUCACGCUGAACAUUGGCGGGACUCACGCUGAACAUUGGCGGGACUCACGCUGAACAUUGGCGGGACUCACGCUGAACAUUGGCGGGACUCACGCUGAACAUUGGCGGGACUCACGCUGAACAUUGGCGGGACUCACGCUGAACAUUGGCGGGACUCACGCUGAACAUUGGCGGGACUCACGCUUUACAGAUGAAGCAGGUGCAGAUGCCACCUUGGAUUCAAUGCACACACUUCCUGACCACUCUUAGGACAAGUGCAGUGUUUAGGAAUUGUCCAUGGUAACUGAACUAAACCUGACUGAUAGGUACAGUUGACUUAUACGACUCCUGGCACUGUCCUAGGACACUAUGGUAAGGGAAUUUCUGGAUACCAAGAUGGAGUUGUGGGACAAUUGUUUUUGUAAUAACUCAGGUUGUCGUCUUGUCGCCAAAUCUAUGCACUUAUCCUCAGGGCUCAAGUCCUGCAGGAACUCGUGGGAACUGAGUUCCGGCACAGUUUCCACAGCAGGAACACUGUUCCCAUUAGCAGAACCAGCCCUUGAGUGGAAAUCUUGGGUGAGUUCCCACACUUUUUUUUCCCCAGGCUUAUCCUGCAUGUUCCGCUGAUGCUUAGAUUUUGAGUCAGGGGCUUUCUUAUUUUAUUAGGAUGCUCCUUUGUUCUCAUGUGGUUUACAAUUCGAGGACUGCAUGCAGGGCUGGUGAAAGGAUUUUUUCCACCCUAGGCGAAAGCAAAUUUUGCCGCCCCCUUGACUCUGCCCUUUGGCACGCCCCACCUUACUACUGGCGUGACACACUGUAACAAACCUCCUCCGCAUGCUACUGGCUGAGCGAGUGGUUUGGAUGCUUUCUCAACUCUACCCAUUCAAAGCAGAGGCCUACGUGGCUAAGUCAUGUCUAUGGAGGGAACUGUCCGCUAAAUAAGCAUUUGCGAUAUACAACCAUCUUAUGUAUAUGACCAGCUAUAAAAGGGUAGAGGCAAAGGCCAAGAAAGGGAUCCCUUCAGCACAUGGGGGGAGAUUUACCAAAACCUGUCCAGAGGAAAAGUUACCCAGUUGCCCCUAGCAACCAAUCAGAUCGCUUCUUUCAUUUUUCACAAGGCCUCUGCAAAAUGAAAGAAGAGAUCUGAUUGGUUGCUAUGGGCAAUUUUUCCUCUGGACAGGUUUUGGUAAAUCUCCCCCAUGUAUGGGGUCUUAGCGUGAACAUUGGGAGAUAGUGAAGCAAUUUUUUUCCUUACCUCCUGAUGUCUUGGAGGAACCUUCUCAUUUAGAUGCUAGACUGAGAGUAGAAAGGGGAUGAAGCUGAUAUAAAGUGUCAAGGCUGUCCACCACAGAAGCCACCUGGGACUUGGUCGAAACUAGCUCUACUAUAUGUGUGCCAUCAAGUAUGAACUCCAUGUAAAGUCAUCAAAUUCCACAAGUUUCCACCAAAAGGGUUUGUGUUUUUUGCCCCCAGCCAAUUCGAAAUCAGUGGACCGGCAUUAUCUUCUGCAAUGACUAAGGUUGUCCUUGUUGCAGACUAGGCGUGGCAGUGCAUGCAUACAGCAGACUAGGCGUGGCAGUGCAUGCAUACAGCAGACUAGGCGUGGCAGUGCAUGCAUUCAGUAUUAUAAGAGGCUAUUCCACAGGUUAAGCCAAUGUUUUUUUAAGAAAAAAGAAAAAAAAUUGAAAAUGAUCUGUAUGUACAUACAGGUUAAAUUUAAAGUCACUGGAUCCACCUCUGCAUGGGUUCACUAAAUGUAGUCAUAGGUGGUCCCUAUUACCAUGAAAAAAAGCUUAGGCCAGCACUACACAUUAAAAUCCAAAAGGCAUCUAGGUAACGUAAUACAUGACAUACAUGGUGUAAACCCCCCUACCCCAAAAAACUAAUUAUGGUGGGUUGUCACCAUUUUCAAAGCUAACAUUAAAGGGGUACUCCACUCCCCAACAUUUAGUUCUGAACGCUGGCCUUCACACCCCCUCCCAUAGACUUGCAUUGAGGGGGCGGGGUACGACAUCACAAGGGGCGGGCACGUGAUGUCACGAGGGGGCGUGGCGACCCCAAAGCCUGCACCAGCUAAAUGUUCCGAACGCUGGGGGAGUGGAGUACCACUUUAAAAAAAGAGUUUGCUCCCUGUGACUUGAGGGUUAAAAAGAUCCUAACUGUGGUUACUACAUUCAGCCAUGGGAUCUAAAUAGCAGAACUGAUUUAAUACUACAUUAUUGAGUUUUUUUUUUCCUUUUUAGAUGUUUUUGUGUAUGUUUAAAGUUUUAUUGAAACAACACCCCAUUGGCACCAGGGGGGGACCAGGAGGGACCUUGUCAGUAUAGGAGUGAUAUUCACACUGAUCAGAUUACGUUAUGAGUAAGGAUCUCUAGAUCCAAAACCUGUCAGUGUGUUUGGGAUGCAUUUCUCUUGCAUGUCCUGUUCUGAUAUUAAUGGAUCCUUUAUAAAAAUGGACUUUUAUGUGUAGUAAAGGCUCAAGCUUAUUUUUCGUGGUUAAUUUGAAGCAUUGGUGUCAAUUGAUGUAAAGGGGUCUGGCGAGACUGGUCACUGGGAUGUUGAACCUGUUGACGAGAGAGGCCAAAAUAAAAUUUCCUGCAGAUCCAGAGUCCAAGAAGGCCACGGUAGAGAAGGAGAAGGCAGAGGCAGACAUCCGCACAGGCACAGUAAGACGUGGAGAAGCAGAGUAGACAUCA